AUGAUCGGUGGCUGUCAAGGCGAAGGCUACUUGAUCAUCAAAAUAUUCUUUAUUCUGCGAUUUGGAAUCGGUUCGACCGCCUAUCUUGAUCCUGGCAAGUACUACGAAGAACACGUCGUUCGAGAAUGGAUUGAUGGACGGUUUUACGGACUCGUCCAGGAGGAAAAUGUAGAAUAAUUUUGUUUUUUUGUCGAGAAAUAAGAAGGGAAACAAGAGUUUUUGAGAUCAUAGGCAAAGUUGGAAGGCUCGAUAAAGGAACUCUUUUUGCAGCCUUUUCGCAGCCUUUUUGAGGCCGUUUUUGAGCCUCUCCAAAGUUUUUAGUUUUAUUAAAUAUUUUCCAGGAGUCGAUUGCAAAUCACCGCUUACAAGAUUUCUUCGGUACCUGCGAUUUUAAAGGUUUACCAAUUAAAAAAUGUCUUUCCUUGCAAAUUUUCAAUCAUUUUAGAAUCUCUUAGACCCCAAAAAUUAUGUCCAGGAACCUUGUUGGAGACGUCCGAGUUCUGCAAAGAGUACACGGUAGAUUUCAGGAUUUCUUUAAAAAAAUAAUAUUAAUUUGUUUUUCAGUCAUAUUGGACAGACCAAUUUCACUCCUUGGUUUGGUGUCGAAGAAGGUGAGAAUGAAAAACGACAAUAAAGAUAAUUUUUUUUUGAGAAACUUGUCAUUGUGAUUGCAAUGAUGGAAAUCGCCGUUUUCCUGGCUGCGAUUGUGAGAAUAAUUAUAGUGAGUUUGAUUUUUCGAAGUUAAGUAUGAUUGGAAUGAAAAUUCGAUGUUUAAUACCGGAAAAAUCUAUUUUUGAACAUUUUUUAGUCCCUUAUUGAAGGCGCAGGGCGGGGCUUGAAAAUAAUCGUUUUUGAACCUGAAACUAUCAUGUAAAUUCAGCAUCGGGAGUUAAUGAAAGUACUCUCUUUAGAAACGCCUGAGUACUCCCUAGAGGAGAAACCUUAAGGGAACUUGAAGGUUCCCCUUUAGGGGCCACUUUUAAUUGCCCUAUAGGGGACACUAAAACUCACAGAAGUGGGUAGGAUUUGUCGAAAACAAAACUACAUUUUUCUAGGAACCUGCGUCUUCAACGGGUCCUGCGACGAAUGGCCUACGGUGUCCAAAGGGAAUGAUACAUUCAUGUUUCAUCACUUCGACAUGACCGCAGUGAUGCCAAAUGUCAAGUUUGGCGUGUUUUGUGAGAAUUUUUUCAAGAAAAAAAAAUUGAAAAAAAAUAUUUUUCAGCAUAUUUUGUUCGGGCCUAUUCAACCACGUACCUUUCCAACAGGGCGACGACUUUUAGUAGCAAAUAUUUCGAGUAUAGCGGCUUGGGUGUGAGUUUGAAGGGGGAAAAUAGCUGAAUUUUAUCAUUUAAAUUUUUUAAAAGUGUUCAGGGUCAAAGUUAAUUUUGAUUUUUGACAGAAUACGCCAGAAUGGUCCUCAGAGGGGCAACUUUAGGGCUUCUUGAAGGCCUCUCUAGGGACUGCUUUAAAUAGUAUUAUAGGGCGCAUACUGAGGCUUGCAAAAAGGGCUCCCUUAAGGGGUAUCCGUUAGUGUCGAUUAUUUCAUGCGAAAAGGUCAAUAAUUUAACGUUUUUUUAAUGAAAAAAUAUCAGCAGAUCGAUAAAGUUUGUCUGGUUUGAACUGAAAGGCCCCUAUAGGGACCACUUGAGCUUUAGGGAGGCCCUCUUUAGGGGCCACUUAAACUUUACCCCUAUGCCGAGCACUUUUUUGUCCCCUAUAUUUUUUGGCCAAGCCCCAUAGGGACCACUUUCUUCCUUUUUUCCCCAAAAAUAGUGGAGAUGAGGCGAAUUUUAGUGCUUCCCACCUUUGGGAAAAAUUAAUUGUGAGGUCGAAAAUCUGAAACAAGCUUCUAUGUUACCGAUUUUUGAACAAUUGCCUAUAGUCUGUUCAAAUUUUAAAUGUCGUUCUGACUCAAGCUCCGCCCCUUUUGGCACAAUAAACCAAUAAGAGAGCGAGCCAUCCACAGAGCCUUUUUGAAUGACGUCAUUCUACUUGACAUUCAAAAUUUGAACGGACAAUCGUCAAAGUUUUUUUUUCGGAUUUUCAUGUAUCAUUAAAAAUUAUUAAAUGCCUGUAAAUCCAUUUUUUUUCUACUAUUCCAGUGCAAAAUCGCGUUCCGUUUUCUUCUCGUCAAGCAGACCUUUUCAACCAAAAUCUCUCUGACCCUGACUCAAGAUGAAGGUAUUUGAAAAAAGGAACUUUUCUCUUGAAGUCCCUCUCAGAAACUUCGGCCCUCUGGAGUUUCGGCGAUUCGAACGACGUCUGGAUGGACCAGGAGGUCUACAUCGGAGCUCAUGAAACGCCGUUUCGACUCAAUUUUUUGUGUGAAAGUGGUCGGAAACCGAAAGUGAAGCGGAAAGAAACGAACAAUUCCGUCGUGGAAUGCGCCGUCACUGCGAUUCACUUCAGUGGCUGUGAUGGUCGGUCUUGGAAAAUAAAAUUAAGUUCUCGUGAAAAAAAUGACUACAUAUGAACUCCAGAGUAGUCCCUAUAGGGGUAACCUUAGAGACCCUUGAAAGGUCCCCUCCAGCGACCACUUUACCAACCACUGUAGAGGUCACUAAAGCUUGCAAAAGUGGUCCCUAUAGGGGACAUCGAUAAAUUGUAUGGGCCUAUGCGGAGAAACAUUUCCAGGGAAAAAUAGAAUAAAUAUGACCCCUAUGGGGACCACUCAAGCUUUAGGCGCCAAGGAGUCAGAAUUUAAACCCCUAUAGGGACCCCGUUGAUUUCACCCCCAUAGGGACCACUUUUUCGGCCUUUCCAAACCCCCCCCCUUAAAGGAAGUUUCUAUUCACAUGACGCUUUGAAGUUCUAAGCGUUUGAACUUUUUCUAUGACCAAUCUCCCACUGAAAAAAAAACUGAAAGAACCAAAUAACUCCACUCAAAAUUAUCAGCUUCUUUCCCGAGCGUAAUUGUACGUAAUCUCGUGCUUUUUUCCCAAGAGUCUGGCGAAAAAGCUGAAAAUAACGGCCACGAGGCUACAUAAUACAACCUUUGUCAUGAUCGUUAUUCCCAAAAAGUGUAGUCAAUGAGAAAAAAAAACGGAAAAGCUUUUUUCUAGUUGACUACAACUCGGUGAAGUACUGUUCGACGGGGGAAAUGUUCGUUUGCGAUGGUUUGAAGCGCAAAAAAUGCGUCAAAGAUGCGGAGUGUGACUUGAAGUUCGACUGUGAUGACGGGUCGGAUGAGUGGGGAUGUGGUGAGUUUCGAUAAAAGAAGGUUUCCGAAAAGUUUGAAUAUUAAAACAUUGAAAUUCCUUCUCUAUUUAAUGGCCACUUCAGUAGUUUCUCAUCCAGCAUUCCUUCCAGUAACUCUGAUAAUUUAAAAAAAAAAAACAGACUGGACGAGUUAUGUUGAUCCAUUGACCCCUAAAGUGGCCACAAAAAUUUUUAGUGGUCUAGUAGUAGCACUUAGACCUCUAUAGUGGCCACUAACUUUUAACCCCUUAAGUGGCCACUAAUUCGACAACUUUAGUGGUCACUAAAACGUCAAAACCCUAUGGUGACCCCUAAAAAAUUUUCAAAGCUGUAUACAAAAUUCCUUAACUUUCCAAGGGUUACAUUUUCUCAAAAUCUCGCAGUUUUCAACGGUUUUGAUGAUAUUUUUUGGAAUCUCUGCGAAAAUCUUUUUUUAUGAAGAUAAGAAAAAUUUCACAAAGUACAAUCCCUCACUUCAAAAAGCGAUUUUUCGAAAACGGAACAUUUUUUGCUAUUUUUAUUGAAUCAGGAUGAAACGUUGAAUUUUGUUCCGGUCAACCAGGAUUUCCAGAAAACCUCCCCCUUGGAUCUCGUUGUGAUUUCGGAGAAAUGGACGUUGAAACCAGUGGCUGGAAGUUUCUGACACAGUUCUACGGAAACUCGAAAGUUUUCAAGCGAGAUAUUGGAAAAGUCGAGUCGGCCGAACCGAAGAAUCUUUUCCAAGUUUCGUCGGCAACCCUCAAAGGGGAGAUAAGAAGGCCAGCCAGAGAUGGAGCAGGUAGAAAUUGACUGAUUGGUCGCAUUUGGAAUGGCUCGGCUGCUCCAAUGUGCGCCCGACUCUGAACAACUUGCGCGCUUGAACAUUAGGAAGCAUCGUUUUUUCAGGGCAUAUUCGUGCAUUUUUAUUUAUCCUCUCUUCUCAAAAUGAUACAUUUCGUUCAUAAUAUGGUAAUAAGUAUACAAGAAACCGAAUUUUCCUCUAAAGUCAAAUUUUUCAAGUUCUGCCAAUUUUUCGACUCACAGCCGUUUUCAAGGCCUUUUCAAAAAAUCUUGUUUUCAUACUUCAGAAAGCUUCUCGGGUUCACUGUAGGGUUCUCUAAAUACUUUUCUAAAAAAAUAAUUAGUUCUUUUUCAAAAAAAUUUAUCACAAGAAACCGCUUUCGAUGUAUGCAAUUUUUAUUUAAAUUCGGCUUCACAAAAAAAAAAAAAAUUAAAAAACGCUGAGCCAUUCCAAAUGCGGCCAAACCAUGUUUAUCAUAAUUUUUUCCAGGCCCUUUCCUACUCUACUCCCACUUGCUGGCCGUCCAAGAACAGCGCCAAGCGAGAACCACCGUUUUUUUGUCUCCAAUCUUUCCUCCAACCAAUCCGGAUGCCUACAAUAGAAGUCAUCCAUUGUAUAGAUCUUGUAAAGUUCGUCUUUUCUGAUGAAAGUCGGAAAAAUGUCUUGGAAAAUGAGAAAAAUUACCUCAGAUUUGUCAAAGUAUCACUGAAGCUUUAGAAAAUUGGGUCCAAGAACUAUUCGGUGAAAAAGUUCAACCUACAGUAUCUCAUGUUUUUAUGGUUUUAUUUGGAAACUGAAACGUUUUUUUCAGAUUACUUCAAGUUUUCAAAGUUUUGAUUCUUCGUCUCCAGAAAAGCAUGAUUUUUCCAGUUACGCUACAGUUAUUACGUGAACGGCGUCGCUUUUCCUGGCUUCAGUAUCAAAAUAAUUCGCGCCCAUGGGGAUCCCUUCAAAGACGGGGGCCAGGAAUUCCACAACGCCCUCGCUUUGGACCAUUUUCGGCAGUUAGUUUUGAGAAAAAUGUUUUUUUUUCUUGUAAGAAGCUUCUUCCAUGGUGAAGUCAUUCAUAUUUGAAAGUGGGGAUUAAAAAUUCAGAAAAGUUAUGUAUUUUUCCAACUUGAACUUGUGUUUAAUUGAGUAGGGCCGAAUGCUUCUCAUGAAGAGUUUCUAAAAAUGAUUUUAUACAAUUCAUAAUUCUGUAAUAAACCGGAAAUCAGGGGAAAAAAUUGAACAAGAGACAAAAUUAACCUUGAAAAAUGGUUUAAAAAAAGAUACUGGUAAAAAUAAAAAGGGGCAGCACUACACUGACUGAACAGCAAUAGACAGAAAAGAACGCCCGUAUUUUAUUAAUUUGCAGUGGAACACAAAAAAAGCGGUCGUAUUUUAAUAAGCGGUCGCAAUGGUCGCAUUUUGUAAGCGCCCUUAAUUUUUAGCAUGCCAUUCGAAACAUAAAAAAGACAUAAACGCAAUUUUUUCUGCGCGAAAGCGGCGCAGUGUAUGCACACAACACACGACACUUUACGGAGAAAAAGUGGUCGAAAAAACGCCGAAAUUCAAUUUGAGUCCGUCUCUAGAGUUUUAAUCAAGCAGAAUUUUUUACUACAGGCAUCUGGAGUAGCUCAGGUGGUAAUAUUUCGAAAAGUACCAAAAAGGAAAGAAUUUGAAAUUAUACCUAUAUACUACCCUUUCAUUAUCGAUUUUAGACUUUAAAUUUUUUGAUUAUCAGAAGAUAACUUUUUGGGGAUCAAUUAUUACUGCCGCAAGAAAUUUCAUGCUUCAAUUUUUCUUCCUCAGAUCUGCGUGGAACCGCAAAAAUCUACCAAUUCCCAAGCAACUGACACAGUUUCGUUUGGCCAUUUUCGCCACCUUCAUGGAAAUCGACGCCGGCGUCGUCCUGGGCCUCGACGAUAUAUCGAUCAGCCCCCAAUGCUUCAGAUCCGAUCUGAACAGCACUUAUACACGGGUACCCGAAGGUUUAUCGACAAAAAUGGGCCCAGCAAUUUCCGGAUCCUUCCAGGGUUUUCUUACCUACCGGCCAAAGUUUUAGUCGAUUCUUGUGAUCAUUCGGGUGUCUCUCCGCCGACAUAUCAAGAAUGCAAGUGAGUUCGAAAAAAAAAUUAUUGUAAAACAUUUUCUAGCUUGCUUGGAUCAGUUAUCUUUAUUCUAUGUUCAUUUUUUUGAAGUUUGUCAACUUGGAAAAACUCUCAAGUGGCCACUAGAGAGGCUACUUGGAGAGGACACUGAGGUGGCCACUGAAGCGACCUAGUGGCCUAGUAUUAGUACUCAGACUUCCAAAUUCACCGGUCACUAACCACUUGAGUGGCCAUUAAUUCGAUUACUAUAGUGGCAACUAAAACAUGAAACCCUAAAGUGGUCACUAAACAUUUUUAACUCGAAAUCUUUUCUAGCGAGCGACGAUUGGAUGACGGGUUCGCUCAAAUAAGCUUCAAAAAUGACGGGUCACAGGUUUGGAAGGCCGAGGAAAGCCGGUUUUACAGGUAAUUUUGAAAUGAAGAAAAAUCAUAUUUUUCACGCAUUGAAUGUUGACAACUCAAAAAUCUAGUCUGUUAUGAAUGCCUUUUGAAAAAAAAAAACCGAUUAUAGGGAUUCCUCCAAAGUUCCUCAGACACGUUGAUUUUCUUUAUAAUCUCUGCGCUUGGAAAAGUGCCAACGUUGAUCAGAUAAAGCAGAAUUUUUUUUUCAGGUCUAGGAAAUUUUAUUAAAACUGAAGUUGAUUUCCGAAAAAAUCAUAUACAUGAAUGAUUUUUUGACGUCCUUUUCACGGUUUUUUUGCAGCUUGGAAAUUUUAACAGAGUUCAGAAAUUGAAAAAAUUUCUCAUUAACGUCUUUUCCUCUUCCAAACAACUUUAUUCGGUCUGAAGUUUGAGACUAUCCUUCCAGACUCGAAGCAUGUGGUGCGGCGGGUGGAAAACGGUUGAAUUUGACGGGUUCCUCUGGUGAUUGUGUCGUUGCCGUAGUUUAUCUCAAGAACCAGACGACUCUGGAAUUUCUCAUCGGUCAGAUGGGCGAGAGUCCGUGUCAAUAUGUGGGGAUCCCUCUCAAUGAAUAUAUCUUUUUUUUGGGUUUUUCUAGAGUUCGAAAGGCUUCGAUUGUACGAGGAAUGGAGCUGGAGGAGGUGGAGCGACGGUCGUCAAGAUUGGAAAUCGAGCAUUUCUGAUUGCUGGCGGGGGUGCUGGGGCUAGUCAUUUGUGAGUUUUGAAGAAGAAAAAUGUUGGAAAAUGGAAUUUUGGACGUUUUUAUGAUUUGAAAAAGUAAGGUUUCGAGGGGAAUCUUGAAAAGGGGAACUUGAAUUUUCUAAAAAAGGGGCGCUUUUCCAGAAUUAUGAGCCCUUUCAUGAACUCUUUAUUCGUUCUUUUUUGGACCUGUGAGAUUGAAAAAAAAAAUUCCCGAUAUUUUCUAGAAAACUUGAAUUUUCGGGAAAAAUAGCUUCUUUCUUUUCAAACAGAAAACUUUUCAUGAAUUUUUUAUUGGCUAGUUUCUUGGAAAAAAAAACUCCCCUAGCACUGUCUAAACUUGUGAAAAUCUUCAAAGUUCAGCGAAUCCUCCACCUAUCCGAAAAACAUUACAAACUCGGGUUACGGCGCAUCUUCGUCAAUUCCAACGAAUGUAGGCCUUAAAUAUCUUCAAAUUCCAUUUAUUUAUUAAGUUCAAUCCAAAUUGCUCCUCCGAAUGCCAAAAAGCGACGCCGACGACGUUCUCAAAGGCGGCCAAAUGUUCGAAUGAGACGAUUUUUGGCGGAUUCGGCGGUGGCGGAAGUUCCUGUGAUGAAGUUGGAGGCGGAGGUGCCGGGUAUUUCGGAGGAGCGGCUGGAUCUUCCGGCUCCAGCUUCAUCGAUCCCGACUUCUCCGCAACCACUCAUCAUGUCGGUUCCUUUCAGGAGGGCAACGGUCUCGUCAUUAUUAGUGAGUUUGAAAGAAUGGAAGAGUUUUUUCUUUCUUUUGAAGGGCUAGAUAGAAUUAGGCUCAAGCUGUAACAACCUUUCUAAUUUUUUUUUUGGAUGGCUCGGAAAGGUAGUUUUUCUUCCAAUCAGAAAUCAAACUUUUUUUCUGUCCAAGGUUAGUUAUUUCAGCGACAUGCAACUUGAACUGCGAAUUCCCGACCAUUUGCCGAUUCCACAAUGCUUCAUCCGAAAAACAAUAUUGUGCCUGUCCCAAUGGAGAAGAGUUUUUGAAUGAAACUUCGAUGGUCUGCGCUCACACUCCAGGUAAAAGUUCAGCUGGUCCACGGGCGGCUUAAGCCAUCAAAAAAUGGGUCGUGACACUAUUAAAAAAGCGCUUCAUUGGUGGACAGCGCGGACAAUCAUUUCCAACAUCUGUCUAUGGCUUUUGGUUUCGCCUUUAUUAAUCUUCAAAUAUUUUAUAUCUUCUCGAAUUUCUGAUAAGUUUUCGAAAGCGCAGAAGUCGGAAUCUGCUAUAAGUUACACUAAAAAAGCUCUUCGCCUCGAAAGUUUUUCGAUUUAAACCAUUCUCUCUCAAAAUUCCUAGUAGCUUCUGUAAUUUAAUUAAAAAAUAAAAAAAUUAGCGAUAUAGUCCGUUCGGUGUGACUUGACAGUUGUAAGUUUCUGCGCCACUCUGUUCCCUCACCGGCGAGGUCACAGAAACGCGAAAAUAGUGCGUCAACAAGAGAGGGUCGUCGAGAGACGAGGAGGGCGCAGAGAAGUCCCGCCCUUUCAAGCCGCGAAAGUUAGACUAAAACUAUAUGAUAAAAAUAAAUUUGGGAAUUACUCAUCAUCCAAUCUGUUGUUGUUUAGAUGAAUGCCCACUAUCGUGCAAUUCGCCAGCCGAAUGUGUCAUUUUGGAUUUCCUCCUCAUCCCAGCUUGUCGUUGUCCAAAUCGCGUAGAUUUGAUCGACGAGAAUGAAUUUUGUUUUGAAGGUUUUGUGGAAUAAAUUAACUUGAAAUUGGAAAAAUUCAGCCACCAGCAUCGAUUAUAUUUACAAAUUCCUUCUGAUCGGUAUCAUCUUCCUUUUGGUACUUUUCUCGGCCAGCUGUGAGUUUUCGACUUUUCAAAAACAGUUCAAAAUAAUUCACAGGGACUUGUGUGAGACGGAAAUCGCAAAAGAACAAGGCGUUUUCGAUCAACCCCUUCUUGAUGCAAAAUAUGGUGGAUUUUAUCGAACAUUUCACAAGAAUGAACGAUUUUCAGGAUGAUGGCCAUCACCAAAUCUACAACGAAGUUCAAUUCGGAACAAUUUCAAGACAUGAAGCUUUGAAAGAGUUGCCGCAGAUUGAUAAAGAACAGCUGUCUUUAGGGUAGGAUCCCGAUAGAAAGAAAAUGAAGAUAGUGUUCAAAUUGAAAAAGGCCUCACUUUAUCAUACCUUUUCAAAUGAAACAUGUACUUCAGAUGUUUAAUUAUAAGUUGACCAUAAUUUCUCAGGAAAAAAAGAAAAGUGUUUCGAAAUUAACCCAAAAGGCUCUAAAAAGUCGAAAUUAUCAUUUUAUUUUUCUUUCUUUUUCGUAGGUAGGAAUAAUAGAAAAGCAGCGGAUAAAUACAAGAAUCCGAUAUUUUUUAUUUGAUACAGCUGAAGCGAUCGAGAAAAGGAAAAUUACGUGGUUGAUAGGAAGGCCACGCCCCUUAUCCACUAAAGUUAGAGAGACCACGCCAAUUAACAGCUAAACUUACUAGUUAGAGGGACAAAAUAUUUAUCUUAUCUAUUUUUAAAGCUCGAAAGCUCACAGAUGUCUGUACAGUUAUAGUCGAUCCUCCUGUCGUGGAAGGCGGGAGGCAAAAGUCACGCGUUGCGUACGCGACGCGGCUUUUGGCGGGAAACGCUUAUUCAAACGCGAGCCUUUUUUGAAGUUUUUUCAUUAAUUUUCAACUUUUCUAGGGUUUUGAAAAGCAUGAGAAAGGUAUAGAGAAGAUGAUAUAUUGGGAAAAAAAAAUCUCAAGGCUUAUGAAAGACCCAAACUUUCUCUAUUUCAGAAGCCAAAAGGCGCUCGGACGAGGCAACUUUGGCCAAGUUAUUCACGGUGUCUAUCGAAGAGAGGAUGGGGGAUUGAUCGACGUCGCCAUCAAAAUAAUCGAACAAGCAUUUACUUCAAAUGCUCAGCGACAAGCCGACCUGAUGAACGAGGCGCUCUGCAUGGGGUUCGGAACUUUGAAAUCAAAAAUAAUCUACUUCAAAAUUUUCAUUUACCAUUUGAAGUGGGCAAGGCAGCAAGAAGAGAAUUGCUUUUUUUGAACUUUUUUUCCCUUCAAGUUGAUUUUUUUAAAGUCUAGUAGUUUUUGUCCUAUUUCAAGGUGACUGUUUAAAACAGGGUGAAAAGCUAUAUAAUGAGACCAAACGACAUUUUUUUGGCCACGGCCGCCUACUUUUUUUCCGUAAAGUGUAGUGUUUCUUGUGCAUACACUGCGGCGUUCUGGCACACGCCAUUUGUUUUUUUUUAGAUUAAACAGGAAAUUCGAGUUUUUUUAAAGGAUAAAUAGAUUCGUCUCGGGAGCCAUUAAUGCGCCUUUUAUGUUUUCUGUUGUUUAUGCGUUUAUCCAUGACGUCAUAUGGGAACGGCGGAGGUUUUGACCACGCCCCCUUAAUUUUUGGUUUUACAUUUUCUUCCUCUAACAAAAACGCCGUGAGUCAUCAAAAAAUGAUGCUUCUUUAGACAUUUCAAACACCGGAACAUUACCGAGCUGAUUGGGGUCAAUUUCAAUAAAAUCCCAUAUAUCAUUGUCGUUGAAUACAUGGCCGGCGGGGAUCUGUUGACCUUCUUGCAACGGGCGACACCGACGGAGGUUUCUCAGUAGUUUUUGGAAAGCUUCAUUGCUCUCAUUUUGCAGGACGAUUUGAAUCCGAUGCAUUUGUCGAUGAACGACUUGCUCAGGAUCGCUGAUGACGUCGCUUCAGGUGGGAUAGUUUUUUUUUUGGCCAAAAAACGAGUCAGUCCUGGAGGAUCCUCGCAUCUUUCCAUUUUUUGCAAAUGUACCCGAAAAUUAGAACAGACUCAAAGAUAGGUUUGAAAGACUUUUCUAGGGUCUUUUUUCGAGAAGGUUCGUUACAAGAAUAUAGAGAAAGAACUGAACAAAAAUUGAAAGCCAACGGAAAUUUACUUUUCCCUGAAGAUUUAGAAAUAACGUUCAGGAAAGGCUCCAUACACGAAUAUUUAUAGAAAAUCUUAUUCUCAAAAUUUUAAAAACCUUCGAAAGGUCCACUUAUCUGUCAAUAAAUUAUCAUUAUCAAAAGUAUAAUUAUAACUCACUGGCUCGGUCAAAACUGAUCGAAUAUACGAUUUCCAUGGUUUUUCAUGAUUCUAUUGACAUGGGAGGUCAUUUUACUUUGCGGUUGCAAAUUCUGAAAGUCUCAACCUGUACAACUGCUUAGUUUUCGAAAGGGCUCAAAGCCUCAGAAUGACCAUUUUAACGAAUUUUUUAGUGUUUUCUUUGACUUUGAGGUGUGAUUUCUCGAAAACUAGGGAGUUGUGCAGAUUUGACAUCAUUUUCCAGGCUGCGCCCUUCUGGAAGAAAAAGAAUACGUCCAUCGGGAUAUCGCCGCCAGGAACAUCCUCCUCACGCAAACCGGCUUUGAAAGAAUCGCCAAAAUUGCCGAUUUCGGUAUGGCUCGGUAUCAUCAGCCGAAGGAUGGGUUCGAAACCACAUAUUGAAAAAAAAGUUGAAAAAAAAUUCCAGAUUCGAAUUCUAUCAAGCGAUGAGUUCGACCCUGAUGCCCGUGAAAUGGACGGCCCCUGAAGCUUACAUUGACGGGAAGUUCUCCUCGAAAUCCGACGUCUGGAGCUACGGGAUUCUUUGCUGGGAGAUUUUCUCCCUUGGAGUCGUCCCCUAUCCGGAUCGAAAUAAUGAUGAAACCAUCGUCGCAGUGACCAGCGGAGAGCGUUUAGAAUAUCCCUAUGGGUGUCCCUAUAAGGUUAAUCUCGUAGAUUUUAGAAGGAAAAGCGUCUUCAGAAUGUUAGAAUUGGUCAGAAUGUUCGAAAAAAAAAAUUAUGAAAAAAUCAAAAAUUUGUGUUCUUACAAGGUUUACCUCCAAGUUUGAAUGAUGAUGUGAAAAGAAAAAAACUAAAAGUUGUAAAAAAAUUUUUAAAUUAUAGUUCAGAACUUAGGAAUCCCAGAGUGGUCCCUAUAGGGGUUAGGGGGUAAAACAACCCAUAUAGGGGCCGAAAAGGGUCGCUAUAGGGAUUCAGGAUCUGACCCCUUAGCCCCCAAAGCUCAAGUGGACCUUAUAGGGUUCUUUCAAUUUUAUUCAAAAAACACUUAUUUUUCAGUUUUUCACAUGGAAAUGCUUCUUCGCUUAGAGUUCAUGACAAUUAUCGAAAAACUAAAAUCUCUAUAGGGACCACUUUUGCAAGCUUUAGUGGUCCUUUGGGGCUGGUAAAAGGAUCCCUAGAGAUGACCCUUAAGUUCGCCCCUAUAGGGACCACUCAGGAGUUCCUAAGAAUGUUAUGAGUGUUUUCUUAAGGCUAAUCUUCCAUUUUUGAAGGAUUGUUGUAAGGUAAAUUAAUUGAUAAGUAAGGCAGAAAUGAAACCGAUGUUAACAAUCAAAAAAAUUGGUUUCCUACAAGGCUCAUGGGUUCAGAAAAACAAAGAAACGUUAUUUUUAUUAAAAGAAACAUCACAAAACGAAUGUUUCAAAAAAAACAAGUGACUAAUAAAGAUUUAUAUUUCCAAUAGUUUUUGUUAAUUGUAUAGGAAUUCUGAAUCUCUAGUGUUUCUAAAGAUUUAGCGGUUUAUCUGAAAUUUGAUACCUUUUAAAAGGUGGAAGCAGGUCCUUCAAAUUAAAAAAAAAAUUCAACCAUUCAGGUUUACCUCCUGAUGCGUAGGUGCUGGGAGACGCAAACGGAAAAUCGCCCGACUUUUUCAGAAAUCAAGGAUUUCAUCGAACAGUUAUUCACCGUAAUACCCUACCGUACUAUUUUUUCUGAACAUCAAGGCCUUCAGGACAAUGUCACAAUGAGCACUCCGUUCCCCGUGCAUCCAUAUUUGCUGAGCGAGUACCUGAAAAAGGGGAAUCACGUCGAGGAGACCUACCAGCCGUCUCAGAUCGGCGUCUGGGACACGCCUCUCGAGACACCUUCCACAGUAAUGACCGAGCUUUUGAACACGCCCGGCGCCACGGAAGACACCUGGAGCGACGCCCUCCUCAAUUAUCAGAUCGACGUCAGCCAGAAACAAGCUCGUCAGUUUUUUUUUUGAAUGUUCAAGGUGUUAUUAGAAAAAAUUCUGAUCAUCAUCGAAUUUUUUUUCUGAGGCUAAUCUUUCUUCUAAGAACACCAGAGUGGUCACUGGAGGGGCUAAAGCCUUUAUAGUGAACAGAAUAGUGCUUAAGUGGUCCCUCUAGGAGUUUAAUCUGGCCCUUAAGCCCCUAGCUUAAGUGGUCACUGUAGGGGUCUUUUGAUUUUUGGUUCUGAUUUGACUAGUGAGAGUUAAAAAGACGUAUAGGGAUCCUUAUCAUGCUCCCCUAGAGUGGCCACUUUUGCAGCUCUAUUAAUUUCUUUUUUUUUUUUGAUUUUCGGAAAGAAAGAUAGUAAUAUCAUUAUAUUCCAGUUGAUUUUCUGAUCAAUCGACACGAAACGCCGUUCAUCUCGGAGAAAGCCAAAGAGUUUUUGGAUUCGUUAAGGAAACAAGUCGACAUGUGCCAGGCCGCCAGGAAAUUACGAGGUGAAUCGCACAAAAAAAUGGAGCUUAAUAGUAAAAACUUAUGGAAAAAAUUAUCGUUUUAUUAUUUUAAAAACAAGUUUAUAAUUGUUGAAAAACUCAUGAGAUCAAUUUGAAACCGAAAAAAAGAUUCUUUUCUUCAGCAACCCAUACGAAGAAGGAAGAAGAAGAGGAGAAAGUGGCUGAAAACUACGCUCUGCUGGCACACACCUGUAAGACUCCCGAAACGCACAAAAUCGAGCUACCGUAACCUUUCAGCGACUGUCGAAAGGCCGACCUCGCUGAACAUGAAAGCCCUUGACGACAGUCUGGCCGUGGCGAUGAUGUCGCCGGAAAUGACGGCCCCGGCCCGGCAAUUCGAAGACAAUCUUGAUGGGCCACAGUUCUUGUCAUUUUGA